CAGGACAACCGGGCCAUGUACCCCACCGUGUCAACACCCUGCAGCUCGGGGCCGAUGCAGACCCUGUGCCCCUACUGCGGCAACUACGUGGUCACGGUCAUCUCCCCCGUCCCAGGGAUGCUCACCUGGCUGCUGUGCACCCUUCUUUUCUUCUUCGGGUGCUUCCUGGGCUGCUGCCUCCUGCCCUUCUGUGUGCAGAGCGUGAUGGACGUGCAACACUCCUGCCCCGUGUGCCACCACACGCUCUUCCACCACCGCUGCCUGUGACCCCCAGGAAUAAAUGCCACUGACCCAAUGGGCGUGCUGCCCGCUUCCGUGUGUCCCUCGCUGUGCUCCCGUUGCUGUGAAGGUGGGGCCGGUGCCCACGGAGGUGGAACGCUGCAAGUGCCCGGGUGGCACCGGCGUGGCCGCCCUGCUAUCUUGAGGUCCAGCUUCCUCUCCAGGAACCGCACCUGGGGACCAUCUCCUGCCUUCCUGCCUCCUUCCAAGGGGCCCUGCCCCUGGGAAAGUCUACCCUUCUAGGAAGUCUGUGCCUGCUGUCCCCUACCUCCUCCCUUGCACCCACCCUGACUCUACCUGGUGUCCAGUGGCUCCUGUUCUGCCCCUAGAGAGUGUUUACCUCCUUCAAUCCCUGCCUGCACCCCAAGCUUCAUCUCACGCCCCCCUCUUCUUUCCCGGGCUAUGCCUUCCAGCCCUGCCCUGCCCUCCUCAUGGGGCUGCCAGGGCUCCUGCCCUCACCUCCUGCAUCCCACCACCUCUGUCCUGGGAUGCCUCAGGGACCCCACAACCCUAGUGGGUCUCCAGUGGCUCCCUCUGUCCUCCACGGUGGGUGAGGAUGGCACCGCCAUGCCUCUUAUCCGAUACACCAGUCAGCCUGUGGGUCCUUUCUGCACAAUGACUUCUACCCUGCCCCUUGUCGUGCCUUUUCUCCUCCCAGGAGGAGCGGUCCCAGUGGCUCCCUACCUGGGUCUGGCCUGCUCCUUCUGUCCCCACCAGCAGCCCAUGGCCAGCACAGGGUGAGAGCAAUUAACAUGGGCAAUAGUCAGUCACCACAGCUGUACUGCACCAGACGCCUGCCUAGAACUCACCAGCCUCAGACUAAACUGAGGCCAACUGUAAGCCAGCUCCGGCUUCCCUCCUGGACGCCAGCCGGCCAGGACCAAGUACUGUGCCUUCACCACGCGCCACACCCAUCCUGGGCCACCCCGCCCUGACCUGUC